ACAAAUCAGCUGUUGCCUCUCAGAUUUUUAUGGAGUACACAGGGCACCAUUUUCCUCACGUAUUCUCUGGUCUUAUCCAAAGCCGUCGCCGUGGCUCGUUCCCGAAGAAACUGCACCAAAAUUGCUCACGUUUCUGGGGGCUUAUCCUUUUCCUUCGGUCACCAUCGCAUCCAUUCUCGAUCCCUCUACCUCUCGCAUCCGGUGUCUGGCUGCCAGCCCCAGCGCUCGCCAACCUCAUCUUCCCCGGCGUUUCCUCCCAGCUCCCUCCACCAUGCCGCUGCCAUGGAACUCACUGCUCGGCCGCGCCCUGGCCAUGCUCCCUGCGCUCGCCAGCCGUGCGCAUCUCCCUCUGCGCGCGCGCGCCUGCGUCCUGCGCCGCGAACCCCGCCGUGGAGCUUCCCCGAGCUCGCCCCAUGGCGCCCGGCCGAGCUCCUCCCUGCCGUGUUCUUGCUCGGCGUCCGGUUUUCCUGUGCGCCACGGUCUUCCUCCCCGAGCUCGCCCCAGCCCCUUGUAUUCCCCAUGGCCGGAGCUUCUUCCAGCUCCAGCUCGGAUCCCUCUCCCAUGGCUCUCUGCGUGCUAGCCGCUGCGCGCCCAUCUAUCUCUCGCGGAUCUCCCUCCCCAGCUCCUCUCUGCUCGUGCCGUCGCCCAGCCUGUUGGCGCGCGCAUGCUCCUCUCGCCGCGCCCCCCUGCUUCUCUUCCUCCCCUUCUCUCCUUGCUGCGUGCGCCCUGCGCUCUGCUCGCAGCGCCGCAGUUCUUUCUCCCGGCUCCCUCUGUCCGUUCUCGACCGCGCCUUGCACCGCCAGCCACGCCUCCCUGGCCAUCAUGGCGUCACUAUUUCCUGUUGCGCCGCGACAUCGUCGUGCUCGGGUGCUUAGUGUCGAGGUCGCCGCGCCAUUGUCGUUCUGGCUUCCCUUGUCCUCGUGCGGGUUUUGGUCGUGUCCACAUCUGAGACAUCAACAUCUGCAUCCCAGCAUCGUCAUCGUUUCAGCAGCCUUGUUGCACCUUGCGAUCACGCCGAAAGACGAAAGGGAAGCACCAGUGCCACGCUCGUCAAAUCGGUGAUAUACGCAAGCCGGACAGCGUCGUCGAUUUAAUGGUUUCAAUCCGGAUUUAGCUUUGGUACGUUAAUUAAUCACGUGAUGUGAAGGACAAGAGCUGGAUUAAUCACAAGACGAUGCUGAUGGAUGAAGCUAAAGUGGAUGAAUCAACCAAGUGCCAGGAUGGGAGAUACUCACCAAGUGAUCGUCAUUUAACAACACUAACAUAGUGUUAUCCCAGGUUAUAAGUUUGUUCUGUUGUGGAUGGUGCUAAGUGCCGGUGGGCUCGGCCUUCUUAUAUAAGUAUAUCCCAUCUUUAGCUUCUUUAUUGAGGAUUGUCACUUAAGCUAGCAUGUAUUUGAAAACCUAUAAAUAUUUUAUACAUUUUAAUUUGUAAUUCUUUUGAAUCAUUUUCUCUUGUAAUCACUCCGAUAAUUGUAUAAUGUAAAAUUAUUGUAACAUGUAAUCAUUUUGUAAUAAAGAAUUUAUUUCCGCUGCA